AUGGCAAACUCCUUGUGCCCCUUAGCUGUCCGACAAAGCAUCAUCAAACCCGGCUGGCAAGCCCUGCAUAGCAAUUUCGGCCAAAGGACACAUCGAGCGUCAAUAAUCACGUUGGCUACGGGCACUCAGAAGAGACCUGGAUUAGCUCUAACCAGAGAUUCUCGGCCAUGGACGCUCAGAUUACGACAAAGAGGCUUUGCGACAAAGUCCGACCCGGAAAAGCCAGCAGGGCCCAAGAAAUCGCCGAUUCUCUCUCGGAUCCCGCUUCCCAGCACCCAUGAAAACAUCUACACCAUCCCCAACAUUCUCACUCUCUCUCGACUGGUUGCUGCACCUCUGGUCGGCUACUUUCUGGUGCAUGAGCAACAUGCGGCGGCGCUUGCUCUGUUUGCCUACGCAGGCAUCACGGACCUUGUUGACGGGUAUAUCGCACGACGAUAUAACCUGCAGACAGUUGUUGGCACGAUCAUUGACCCAAUGGCUGACAAGCUGCUGAUGACAGUGGGUGUUGCUUGUCUUGCGGUUAACGGGUCAAUACCUGUAUGGCUCGCUGUGGUUAUCCUCGGUCGGGAUGUCGGUCUCGCAAUUUCUGCGAUCUAUUACCGAUGGAUCUCCCUCCCGCCGCCAAAGACCAUGGCCCGGUACUGGGACUUCUCGCUGCCAUCGGCGGAGGUGAAGCCGACCGGUAUCUCAAAAGUCAACACAGCUCUGCAGCUGCUGCUUGUCGGAAGCGCGAUAGCCCUUCCCGUGGUUCCAGAGGCGUUCAUUGACGCUUGGCAUUUGAAAGAAACAAUGACUGCAUUCCAAUAUCUUGUCGCUGCGACCACAAUCUGGUCCGGUCUUAGCUAUGUCUUUUCCAAGGACGCCGUCAAGAUCCUAUCUAAGGAGGAAGUCCAGAAGCGCAUUGCUCGGGCCGCGGGGAAGAAAAACCCAUGA